GAAAUGGUUCAUAAAAUGGAACAAGGCCAUAGAAAUGAAAUGUGGCUCACUACCUUUUACUUAUCUGGGAGCAACCAUGUGCAAAGGCAAGAUGAAGAAACAACAUUGUGCCAGUAUCAUAGAUCAUUUUGAUAUGUACAUUAACUCUUGGUUUAGUAAGGUGAUAAACCAAAUGGGCAAGCUGGUGCUUAUCAAGCAGAUUCUGUCUUCCAUUCCUCUACAUAUAGUGGCACUACAUCAGAUACCUAAAUGAGUUAUCAAGAUGUUAAAUCAAAGGAUGGAAAAUUUCGUAUGGGGAUUUAAAGAAGGUAAGCCCAAAUACCAUUGUAAACUUGGGAUGAAGUUUGCAAAUCAAGUCAAACAGGUGGUAUGGGUAUCAGACCUUUGGAAGAAGUUCAACAGGCAUACUCCUUGAAGCUAUGGUGGAAGAUGCAGAAUGGAGUGGGCAUUUGGCCUGAUUUUAUGAGGGCUAAAUACAAAAAGGGAGAUACUCUCAAAGAAAGGUUGACAGAUUCCUCUACCUGGAAGAGGAUAUGCAGAAUAGAUGUGACUGCAGCAGCUCAUAUUUCCUUUGGAUCAGAUAGAAUGCUUUGGAAUGGAGACCCCUUCACUCUUAAAAAGGCAUACGAGGAUAUUAAAAAAGAGGAGAGCCUGAAAUGAUGUCAUGCAGUUUCAUUUGGUGUAGCAGUCAGAUUUCAAAAGUAAAAACCUUCCAAUGGAGACUAAAUUUUGGAUGUCUAAACUUCCCAGAGAAUCUGAAAAGAUUAUAAUAUGCACCUUCCUAGCCAAUGCACCUUCUGUAAGAGACAUGAAGACUUAGUAGAAGACCAUACACUUCUACAUUGUGAGAUUAGUUCUCCAGUUUGGGCUUUCUUUGCAGAUCUGACAAAGGGACCUUCACUUCAAAAUAGAAGGCCUCUAACGUCUCAUAUGAUGGAAUGGUGGCUUAGCUCAAACUCCAAAAGUCUCAAAGGAAACCUCAGGAUCAUUCUGCCUGGAUUAAUCACCUGGAUCACUCACUCCCAGGCUCAUUCAAGACAUUUUUUUUACCUCAUUGUUGGUGUUGGACCAAUAUGGAGAAGGCAUAAAGGACAAGGACUUGCAAGGAUGGGGUUUAGAUCAAUUUUGGCUAAAUGGUAGAAAACUUUUGAAGCCUUCUAUUUUAGUAUUGCUUCUAUUAGUCCUAUUUGAUUAGUUCUGCUAUGUCUCUUGUUUUGAACAUCUACAGAUUAUUGAUGGAAGAAUAAUUUUUGUGGAAGCUGCCAAGACCACAAGACCAGGGGAGAAUUAACUGUCCAGAAAAACAAUCUCAGGCCAUGAGAUUUCUGUUUGUUCCCUUUGCUAGUACAACUCAUAUGAGGAGAGCAAGCAGGGGACCUGGCAAGUUCAAGAAGACUUUUUUGUAACCAUUAUGCCAUCCAUGUAAAGGUGGUGAGUUUUUUUUUUAGUUGUGUGGCAGUUCAUGUUUAUGUGUGGGAAAUAUUUGGAUCUCGAAGGGAAGCCUUUUAGCUCCAGAGUUUCGGACUUUCGGUACUUAUUGUCAA